AUGAAAGAUCCUGCCGAUCACGCAGAUUCCCGAGUUCUCCCCUCACGAGAUAUCACUGACGAAACGAUUGAUGAUGCCUAUGUAGCAUUUAUAUUGUACUGCAAUCCUAAUGUUCCAUCCACGGUUGACACAUCAGAUCUGCGAAAGACCUUCCGGUGUCUCCCGCGGAGCGAUGGAAAAAGCUUCAACAUCUUUACCCUAUUCGGGCUCAUUCGAAAGCGGCUACAGAAUGAGGAGUUGAAGACAUGGAUUCAACUAGCAAUUGAAUUGGGUGUCGAACCCCCCUGCCUUGAAAAGAAGCAAAGUACCCAGAAGGUGCAACAGUAUACUGUUCGACUCAAACGCUGGAUGCGUGCUAUGCAUAUUGAUGCUUUCUUUGAAUAUUGUAUGGGCUUGCCCCAUUCCUACUAUACACAGCUCCCGCCAUCUGGUCCUUUCGUCAGCGAAUCCCGCGAUGGUGUGUUAUUAGAAGAGGAUCUUGCUCUCAGGGCACUGGUGCCACAAUGGAAGCCAAAGCGGGGAAGGAAAAGGGUUGAGGAUAGGUACAGUGAGGAGGAAAGGUCAAUCAAGCGACCCCAGUUGGAUACAUCUGUGGGCGCCCUACAGCAGGGUGGCUUUCAGCCCCACUCCGUGACAUUCCCACAGAGUGCGAUUCCAUUCAGUGCAUUUCCUGAUGAUAUUGAACCCAAUGACCCCUGGGUAGCGGCGACCUCCUCGUUUCCAAAUGGCUCAGGACCGAAUCCGCAAAGUCAAGAUAUACGCUGGAGACAUCCUGAACGGGAUGCUUCUCCUGCUAAUUAUCCACAGUCUGCUAUCAUUCCCCGCAGUCAUCUACCAUCAGAUGUACUCGUGUCUGCAGAACCACGCUCGGCAGUUACUCCAUCAACUGGCGAAAAGACCCGUUCUAGGAGACGACAUGGCCCUGCGGUCUCAUCUGCUUGGCCGAACAGCAACGGCUUGUCAGCUGGGAAAGGCCGAGGAAGACCACCAAAUAAAGGGUCAUCAUCGGGUUCCUUUUCUACCUUCCAGGUCAAUCCCAGUCGAGAAUCAUCGCAUGCACCCAAUCCUAAUACUCAGGUUCAUUCACUUGCCCUUGACAGAAAUCUGCCCCAAAUCUUUCAAACUCCAUCUCACGAUCAACCUCCAACAUCUGUCUCUCAGGGAAGGCCCAACAAACUUCAAUUGCAAGUUCCCCAACAUUCAGGGGCGCCGGUUCGACUUGCCACCCCACCAAGACUAGUAGUUAACGGCGUGAAUGGUGCUGUCAUUCCUGGGUCUGAAGGGUCCAAUAGUUCCCAUCAAUAUUCCACGACAGAUACCCCAACAAAUGGUAUCACUACCCAAACACCUUCCUCCAAUGGGCAAAGCAAUACAACCACUAGCCCGAAUCCCUCUAUCGAAGACAUUGUUCAUGCACUUUCUGCAGAGCUACUUCGUGCUAGGCUGACAGGGCGGACAGCAACCCUCGCACCCAACGAGGCGGGUGCCCUAGCCUCAGCGAUGGUGGCCAAUUUGUCUUCAUUAUAUUCACAGUUCCAACUGGGUACUCAUUCGCUGCUGCUGGCUUUUCAUCUUGGUGUCGGUCAUCAUUUUGGACUCGCAGGCAAUAAUCCAGGGCCAUUAGUCGUCACGGUUGAACAUGCCAUGCCAAGCAGCGAUGGAAAUAGGGGUGUCCCUGCCUCUAAAGAAUCAUUCAAUGGGGCUCAGUAUACCAUCUCCCAUGAGCACAAAACCUCAAGCCAGUUUUCGAUGCAAAUCACGCUCGCAAACUUCAAUCCUCGUAUAGGAAGGGCGAGUGUGUCUGAUCAGCCGAGCGUGGUUAUGGGUCCGAGUCAUGACGAUAUUGAAAACAAUAAGAUGGCGGACCUAGAUUCCGAAGAUGACGAUCCCAGCCAGUCUGUCUCCGAGGCAACAUGGAAGCAGCGUUACACGAGACUCCGUGCUCAGAUGCAGAAAAAGGACCAGGCUUUGUCACAAUACAAGCGAAAGAUUGUGGAAUCUGUCAUGGCGGACAUAUAA